UUAUACUGGCAGUCAGGAACAUUGAUUCGGUAAUGGACGUUUUCAUGAUUUUCUUCUUUGCAGAGUUAUUUUAUUCAUAUGGAUAUGAGGAUCUAUCAAAGGAUCAGUAUGCAGUACAAUCAACAACUUCAAUUUGUUAUUCACAAUCAAAAUGUGUAGCAGGCAAUGCAGUUGAUGGAAUCUACAGCACGUGCAUGAGGGCAGGAGUCAUUGGUCAACGUGCCCCGGACAAGACAGUGUGGUGGUCUGUGGAUCUUGGCAAUAUAUACAGCAUAUACAACGUCAUGAUACUGUUUAAAGACUAUGGAUCUCAAUAUGUAAAGAGACAACAGGGCCGUUUUGCAGGGUUUUCUCUGUAUUUAUCCGAGGCUGGUGUACGAGACAGCGACUCCCUUUGCUACGUGGACGGACCAGAGUUGCCACCCUUGAAUUUUACAACAACCUGUUUGGGAUACGGACGUUAUGUCACCUUCUAUAACGAACGACUACAUGGAAAACAAUAUCCUACAGGAUACGAGAUAUUCAAUAUUUACACUGAACUGUGUGAAAUUAUUGUCAAAGGUUGUCACAAACCGGGUGUUUAUGGAAGCAGUUGUAACAUCCCAUGUCCAGAGAACUGUCAGGAUAAGAUCUGUAACAUCGUCAAUGGAACUUGUUUUGGAUGCUUGCCUGGAUGGACAGGAGCCUUAUGUGAAAAUAAUUGUCAACAACGGUGGUACGGUCAGGAUUGUAAGAAUCAGUGUCCAGGUUAUUGCAGGGGAAAGGCUACUUGUAAUCACGUGACUGGUAACUGUGAUAAUGGUUGUACUGCAGGAUGGAUGGGCAGCAAAUGUGAUAAGAAAUGCACUGCUGGAUCUUAUGGCUUUGACUGCAUCUAUAAUUGUAGUGGUCACUGUCAGAAUGCCGUCAUAUGUAACAGAGAAACUGGACAUUGUGAUAUGGGUUGUAAACCAGGAUACACAGGAUAUCUUUGUAAUGAGUCGUGUUCCCCUGGACGUUUCGGAGACCGAUGCGAAGAACGCUGUAGUGGACAUUGUUUAAACGACAAAGUUUGUCACCACGUGGAUGGAAUAUGUACAGAUGGCUGUAAGGAUGGAUACAUCGGGAAAUGGUGUAAUAGAUCAUGUGAUCGUGGAUUCUUUGGAAGAAAUUGUUCUGGUGUUUGUGCUGGAAAUUGUAUUGAUAAAUGUCGACACACUGACGGGUUUUGUGACUGUUCUCCUGGAUAUAAGGGCCCUAACUGCAAUAUAACAUGCGUGGGGUCAUAUGGAAUAAACUGUGUUCACAAAUGUAAUGAACAAUGUGUCAACAACACGUGUGAUAAAUUCAAUGGAAGUUGCGUGGUAGAGUGUUUGGGUUCAUUACCUGGCGAAACAUGUGAUAAAGGUAUUGGUUCUGCUUUUCUUUCUGCUGAUGACCUUUCAUCGGACACAUUAGCAGUAGGUGGCGCUGUCGGUGGGUGUUCCGUUGUGAUUGUCCUAGCUGUGUUGGCUGUUUUAUUCUUAAGGUUGAGGAGAAGAAAGUCUACAACAUCCAAAGUGAAAGAGACUAUUAUUCAAAACAAGGACUCCUCUCCGAUGGAAAUGAAAACUAAAGAAUCCUUACCAAAACCAACCAACAAUCAACGGAAUGAAAAUGUGAACAACGUGGAUCCCCCUGCGAAUGAUGUCAUUGAAACUGUAAAGAGAGGUCGUCCAACUAACAAAACCAUCCCAGUGAAGAGCCUACAGGCCAUCAUAGAUAAGAUGUCUUUGGGAGAGCAUGCUGGCUUCAAACAUGAAUAUCACGAAAUCCCAAGAGGCGAACUUCAUCCGUGUGAGGAAGCCAAGAAGCCCGAAAACAAACCGAAAAAUAGAUACACAACAACGUUUCCGUAUGACCACUCUCGAGUUAUUUUGAAAACUUCGUCCACAAACGAUGGAGGUUAUAUCAAUGCCAACUAUAUCGAAGAUGCAGGGGGAAAGCGGGCCUAUAUCGCAACUCAGGGUCCCAAACCAAAGAUAAUAACUGAUUUCUGGAGAAUGGUUUGGCAAGAGGGUGUUUCCGUCAUUGUCUGUUUAACGAAUCUAAAGGAGGGUGCAAAGAACAAAUGUGUCCUAUACUGGCCAGGCAUCAACGAUAAAAUCCAGGAUGGAGACCUCAAUAUUAGAAACGUGGGAGAGAAAGAUUAUGCUAAUUGUACGAUAAGGCAGUUCAAAUUCUACAACGGCAAGGAACAGAGAGACCGUGAGGUAGUGAUGUUUCAUUAUACAAGAUGGCCGGACCAUGGAGUGCCGGAUCCACUCAGUCUCGUUAUCUUCCAUCGUCACGUGAUGACAACAUCCUCAUCAUAUUCCGGAGAAUGCACAGUCGUACACUGCAGCGCAGGCAUUGGUAGAACGGGGACAUAUAUUGCUCUGGAUGCCCUCUAUCGGGAAGGUUGCAGGAAGGGUAGGAUAAACGUACCAAUGUACGUCAGAACCAUGAGGAAGGACAGAAUGAACAUGAUUCAGGGCGAAGACCAGUACAAAACAGUCUAUCUUGCAUUGUUUGAAUCCUUCCGUGGAAAAUCUAGAUCCUUGACAACAGAACAGUUUUUACAAGAAUGUGGAGAAGAAUCGUGUUAUGUGAAUGCUGGAGACGUCACUAAGAAGUCCCCAAGGUGUUCUGAAUUUGAGGAGUUACUCUCACUUCGGAAGGAAUACUUACAGAAGGAGUAUGAGUCUGGACGUGCGAAUAUAUCCGCCAACUACACCAACAGUGUUCUACCAGUGGAGAGAUUUAUGUGCCGUCUGUGCUACUCAAAGGAAAGAAGUACAUAUUACAAUGCUGUUUUACAUCAGACUUUUACUGCUAACGACCUUCUCAUUAGCGCUCAGUAUCCACUGCCUGACUACACAGAGGAUUUUCUGAGACUCGUGAAAGAAUUUGAUGCUCGUGUAGUGGUAUUCAUGUGUCCUUUGAAAGACCUUAAAUCUUCACCCCUUUGGUUUCCAUCAAAAAACAACACCAAAACAGUGGGAAACUUCACAGUGAGACUGACAACCUUAACAACUUCAGAAAAUGUCUCCACAACGAAGAUAAACUUAGACUGCAAGGGAGGGUCUGAGAAGCAAAUAACUGUGUUGGAAUGUAAAGCGUGGAAGGAUGAAGACGCUGCUGUAAACAAGAGACCCUUACUAGACGUGAUCAAGGAAGCAAAAAGUGAAAAGACGAAUCAGGAGGGAAGAAUUCUCAUUUUGUCAAGUGAUGGAGCCACGCGUUGUGGACCAUUCUGUGUUGUCUAUAACGCACUGGAGCAGAUCGCCAUGGACAAAGAAGUGGACAUCUUCACCAUCACACGUCAGCUUCAAGUUCGCAGAACUGAGUUUCUGUCUUCUUUGGAUGAAUACCAACUUUGCCAUGAUGUUGUGGCGGAAUAUUUGCAAAAUGACGGUGUGUACGCAAAUUGUUAACGACGUUCAUCUUAUGGAGUGCGUAAGAAAUGAAUUUCGUAAAAAAGAAAAAAGGUUGGAGGUUGUGUGGUUUUGAUUUUUUUUUCAUACCGUCAGGUACUUUGUGAAAACGUGAUCUCUUCAGCUGUGUAUUUUAAUGAGGAAAAAAAUAACUGGACAUUUUUUUUUAGUAAAAUGGUUAUAAUGUUAUUGUGAUUGAUACAUAGACAAUAGGAGUCUGAGUGUGCUGGACGACAUGCUGCUUAAAAGCAAAAAUAAUCUAGAUAUAGUGAUCCUUCCAUCUUAUGGAAUCCAAAUGUGAAAUUGCUGUAGAUUGACCAUCAAUUCAUAACUGAAAUCAAGUUAACAUAACUUUACACCCAGUCACUGGGGGUUUUAACUACAUGGAUUUGAUUUGCUAACUGAUUUAUUUCUACUCGUCGAAAAUUUAAAUAGCCGUCUAUGUAUGUCGUGUUUGUGCAGUAUAAAUGUUUCAAUAUCAUUUUAACUAAGGUAUUUGUGAUUGCUUAUCUUACAUCCUUUUUAAUGUGCUUUUUGCCUAUUUCAGUUGGUUUUGUUUAUGUUUACAAUGUUUUAUAUCAUUCUAAUGUUUAAGCCCUUCAGAGUAUAUGUAUUUUUGUAUUACAUUUUUACUAUCAUUUAAAUAAUUAUGCACUUUAAAGAAAAUUUAUAUCAUAUUUUUACAAUCAUUCUAAUGUUUAGGCGCUUUAUAAUUAGUAUGUUACUAUAUCUAAAGUUAAAUAAAUGUUGGAUAAUAAUUGUAAUUAACCAAAAGCUGUAUUCUCUCAUCGAAUAGAGUUACAUUUGUCUGAUUGGAUGUUUGGAAAGAUAACAAAGUUAAUAACAGGUUAAUAUAUAAUAAUUUGAUUUGAAUUUUUUUUAUGAUUAUAGGUUUUUUCAAAAAGUAUGCAAUGAAUUAAAUUAAUCUAAUUAUACAUUAGUAGUUAUUAAUUCAUCUAAAGGUCUUUUUUUUCUGUACAUGUACUUAAUAAAAAAUGACUUUAAAAAUCAC